UUUGCUUUGGUAAAUAGACCUUUGUUUUUUAUUUGUUAUUAGCAACAGUGAAUAUAUUGUUAUAUUCGUGACGGCGCGGAGUUUGUUUUGGCAGCAUUUACAGAUUUACAUUUUUUGUAUUAAGUAAGCUCAGGAAUAAACGUAAAAGUAAUCAUUAAAUCUGAGCUUUGGUACCGAAAUACAAUUUAUAUAGUUUUGGGUCGAUAUCAAAAUGCCUACAAUAGAAAAAACUGUUCCAGAAGAUGACGAAGAUUAUAUUAUAUCCCGAGCUAAAGAAGCGCACAAGCACAAUAUUUAUUCUGCAAAAGCUUGGAUGUUGACGGCUAAAACAUUGUUUCCAUCGAAUUUCAAAAUUCAAUUUGAAGCUUAUUUGAUGGAAAAACAAUCCGGGAAUGUACAAGAAGCUGCAGAAUGUUUUAGUUCUUUGAUGUCAUCGAGACAAAACAUACCAGAUCUUUUGUUGGAAAUAUCUGCCAUUGCCAAUGCACUUAAAUCAAAUGAACCUAGUUUUUUAAGUCAAAUGUUUGAUAACAUCUGCCCUGAUAUUCAACUAACGAUACUUAGGACAAGUGUGGAAAACAGUGAUGAUACUAUGGAGCAUUGUCGAUUAUUAGUUUUGCUGUUGAAAAAGUUUCCUCAGUUAGGAGUGGACAGCCUUGUUAAGACUCUUAUUAAUACAGAAAAGUUUUUUUAUGAUAAUAGAUAUGCAAGGUUGCUUGUUGUGGAAACAUUACCUCUUCUGCAUUCUCUUGAGUCGCCAAGAUUACUUCAGCGCUUGGUGGUGAAGGCAAUAGACUUUUACAACUCUUAUGUUUUUGAUGAAACUGAACACGAUAUUAGUGAUCCUUGGCAAAGGCUUUAUGGGGUACUUGAAUUACUAGGACGACAGUUAGGUUGGGAUUCCUAUUUAGUCAACUAUGGUAACAGUUUAAACAAAGAAUCAUAUUAUCAGAAACUAUUGUUGUCAAGAAAUAUUGAAGAUUGUCGCCAAAUUUUGUAUUGUGGUAUUGUAUUCUUCUUAAGAUCACUGUAUGAACAUAAAUCCCUCAAAGGUAAUCAUAUACUAGUGGAAGCAUUAGCUGAUCCUGAUCUCCCACCGUCUAAACGGAAGAAAGGUGAUAUAGAAGUAACAGGGGUAUCUGCUCACCAGUUUCAAGCAGCUGCUAAUUGUUGGGAGUUACUGCAUAGCAAUGAAGUCAUUACAAGAGAAUUUAUGAAACUAACAUCACAAAUACAAGUCAAGCCCUGGUUAGAAGGAUUUUCUGAUGAAUUAGCUCUUUACAAAGCAUAAUUAUUUGGCAUGUAUUGAAAAUAUGCUAGCUGCAUUGCCAUUGUUACCUGCUG